CCAUAAUCGACAUGGCCCUUUCCAUUCUCGAGACUCCCAAAGGCAGACAGAGUCUUGUCGACGUUGCCACCCGGUUCGUUGUGGCACGCAACAGUGCAAAGAAUCCCGUCCCCCACUUGUACAAGCGGCCGAUGAACGAGAUGCCGAAAUGUAUCGAUGAGUUCUUGGACAAGACCAGAAAGAAUUUUCCUUACACUUUCCUUACCAUAACCGACGGGGAAGCCAUCGCAGUCAAGGAGGACUGGGGCACAGACAUGGCCCAAUACGACCCCUAAUAUGCUGUGGCGUUGCGCCUGAGCAGAGUAAUCAUUAACGACAUGGUCUAUGCUCGCCAGCAGCCGGCCGACAUUCGCAAAGAUACCUAUAGCCUGUUCAAGUUCCAGAUGGGCAUAACAGUCGCGCACGAAAUCGUCCACUUCUUGAUUGGCUACCUGACAGGCACGGCUCGACCCGCAACUCCCAGAUCGGUCUGCAUGGUAGGGUACGAGAACGGGAACGACGGCGAGUCUGGCCGAUGCUGGGAAUCAAUUCUUCUUGGGGGCGUGGUGGAGUUCUACCAGAACCCAGACGACCCCCUCGGUAACCGACAGGCCGGGAAACCCUACUUGAUUCAAGACGGACGCAACAACGUGCCAGCGAGGAAAAUUUCGACGGGAUAUAUCUUGGACUUUACCGAGAGAGAGAAAUACUCCUUCCCAGUCCGCCCUUCGAAAAAAGAAGAGCCAACCACUCGAGCUGCCCUACGGCGAAGAAGCCCGGAGAUGGCAAAUCUGCGGCCAAGACGGCCCGAGAAGAUCCCUGCAACCACAUCCCCUCACGACAGCCCAUCUGGCCGAAUAGGCAGCUCCCCGCCGCGUGCCGGCAACAGCCCGUCUGGCUCAGCAAGAAACACUCCGCCGCCUACCAGCAACAACCCACCCGCCCCGGCAACCAACGCCCCCCAGCGAUACAACCUCCGGUCCGGCCGCGCGGGCGCGGGCGCUGGCGCGGGCGCCGGACCUAGCUCAACCGCCCACCGGCGCCUGCCCAUCGAGCUCCCGUACCGUACCGGCGGGCCGUCCUCCUACCCCACGGGACCCUCCUACGCCGCGGGGCCGCCCUCCUAUACCGCGGCGCCCUCCUACGCCGCGGCGCCCUCCUACGCCGCGGCGCCCUCCUACGCUGCGGCGCCCUCCUACGCUGCGGCGCCCUCCUACGCUGUGGGGCUCUCUUACACCACGGGACCCCCCUACCCCUCGGAGCCCUCGUAUCUUGGUGCGGGAGACCCACUUGGUUAUGCUGAAGAGAAUCCCUAUCUAGAUGAUUGGGAUCCUCCAGUUGGGGGGUACGGGGCGUACUACGGAGACGGUGGAAGUGGUGGAAGUGGGGGGCACGGAAGAGGUGGAAGCUCUGGAGGGUACGGGGGAUAUUCUUAAGUGGUUCCCCAUGCCACUUUGACCCUCUCCUUUUUUGGUUGUCUUUUUCUCUCUCCCCUGGUUAUUCCCGUUUCCCUAUUAAAUUUUUUUUC